AUGCCGACUGACCUUAAUCCGACCAUCUCCCACGAGAGCUUCAUGAAAAUGAUUCGUCCAGCGCUGGGCGACAUCACGGAUGUGGACAAGAUGGCCAUCUUAAAGCGCUCCGUGAUUGUUGUCAUUUCGAAGACGGCAAUUUACUGGCGUUUCCCUAGCCCACUCGAGAAACAGGUGAAGUGCAUGAGUUGGCAUCUUCCUGACAUAGUGAAGGCUUCUGCAAAGCCUAUUAUCGCAAACUACAAGAAGCAAGGGCCACCUCCGUCCAAUCAUGAGGAACGAGUCCUUUGGGAGAAUGCUUGGCUAGAGGAGGCUCUUCGUCAGCAUGAUCGUCCACACGCCCCUGCUGUAGCUCCUCAUGUCGCAGCUCCUCCGCAAGUACGAGUCAAACGAGAACGUAUCGCUUUUGCUAGAGCUCUCACUGCCCAGACCCUGCGCGAUCCCAUCAACCUAGAUUCCCCAUCGCCAUCUCCGAAGAGACAUCGAGGUGAGCCUGCAUCAGGUGAACCCGCAUCUGCAUCAGUUCCGGCUUCUUCGAUUCCGAAUCCUGAGCUGCCCAACACGCGCGCCGUCUCACAAGAAGAUGAUGUUGAUGAUGUCAUUCCCGCGGUCGGUGCAUGCCCCGAGUUGUCCUUGUCGCAAGAACUCGAGAACAUCAUGGAUGAGGAUGGUAUGGACGUGGCUUCUCCUGAGCUCAUCAACAUGCUCAAGAAGGCUCACAUCCUACCGGAAUGGAGAGGGCAAACGUGCCCAAGAUGUGGGAAGCGAAAGAUGGGGGCUUUGCAGUACAUGAAGACCCAUAAGGUCUGGGCUCAUCGAUGCAACUACCGGGAGUGCCACAAGUUCCUACAGCCGCACGAUUUCCAUCCAAUCUUCUACAUGGGCGCCGGCAGUUCUCACACGCCACUCCAGGUUCAGGCUUCUAUUCUUCUUUGCGCUACCGCCGGAGUGAAGGAGACAGCUACCCACUUGGUGCUCGAUGUUGCUAAGAAGCCCGUAGAGACAAUCUACACUAAUCUCGAGGUUGCCAGGAGUCGCUACGUUGAGGCCAAGGAAAAGGAGAUCUCAUAUGGAGGUUGGCGGGACGUGGAAGUGGACGAGGUGGACGUGGGCAGGUUCGUUGAUCUCUCAAUCCGGGAUACCAAGAACACCUCGUGGGAACAGUGGGGAGGAAUGGUGGAGCGUGGGAAUGCCUCUUCAUUGCGUUUGUUCCGGCUGAACCCCUCUAAGACUAAGAAGAAUGCUCCCGGCCCUGGGCCGAUCAAGAAACGAGAUUGGGUUCCCAUAGCUAAGAAGUAUUUGAAAAACAAGAACGUGGUGCUCCACUCGGACGGGGCGCGCGCUUACAAGAUGACCUUCCCCGGCGUCAUUCAUUGCAACGUGGUACAUAAGAAGAAGAAGCAAAUGGUGAAUGGCAAGGCUGAGUACACAACAUUUUUGUUUAUGUUCAAUUAA